UGAUUGACGACAGGGACGGGCGCACUGUGGGUAGCAUCUAGUCCUACCUUGUCUCCCGUAAGCCUUUAUAGAUUGCGGAAGAUAGUCGUAGGCAGCACCCACGUUUUUCACACUCCUGCCGCCAUGUCCAGGGCGCCUGCUCCAGAGAAUCCGGUUCUAGACGCUGAGGUCGUCGACGUGAAGGCGGACUCCAGCUCCUCUGGUUUGGAUGUUGUGGUAUCUCCGGACAAAGGGGAGGUCCCGCUCGCGGAGGUCAACGUAGAAGAACCUAUUGUGACGAGUAAAGAACUCUGGAGCUACUAUCUGUACUACAAUGGCGAUAACGGCGUCGGACCGAACGGAUACACCAUGACGCUCUUUCAGUCCCUGGCGACGGCUGCAGGAUUCGACCCAACACAAGGCCCCGGCUCGACUUGCACGUCCUCAGGCCCUUGUGUUCUCCCAUGGGGAAACGGUACCAAGGCCGUCUCCAGCGUCGUUCUUGUCGCAAACGGCGUCUGUUUUGCUAUCAUGACAGCCAUCUUCACUACCAUCGGCUCCGCAGCGGACUACGGCACGUUUGGUCGCUGGCUUCUUCUCGCUGUCACUGUCAUUUGCUGGGCGGCUCAGUAUGCGACCAUGGCGCUUACUUCACCGGACCGGUGGCGUGCUGCUAUGGCACUGUAUAUCAUCGGCUUCGUGACAUACGGAGCGACUCUGGUAUUCUACGCAGCCGUCUUCCCGCGGCUUGCACGCAACACUCAGCACGCGCGCACUCUUCGAGAGAAAUUCGAGUCAGGUGAAGUUUCACCGGAGGAGUACGAAGUCGAGGAAAGUCUUGAGAAGAACAGGAUUAGCAACAUUAGUACCACACAUAGUAACAUUGGGUAUAUCAUCACGUUGUGUCUGAAUCUGUCGCUCUUGCUUCCUCUUGCGAAUAACCCGCUCGUCGACAACUAUGUGCUAGUCUUAAUCAACUCUUACUGGGUACUUUUGGGUGUCUGGUGGUUCAUUUACCAGGAACCUCGCCCCGGCCCUCCAUUACCCAAGGGAGAGUACUACAUCACAGUUGGGUGGAAGCAGAUCUGGGCUGCGCUCAAAACUUACAAGGACCUCCCGUACACUUUCAUCUACCUCGUGUCAUUUUUCCUCCUUGCAGAUGGUCUGAACACCACUGGGACGCUGGUGUCGAUCUGCCAGAACGACAAGUUUAACUUCUCGUUCUUGCAGAACACAUACCUGGGUCUUGCGCAGGCGAUCACCUCCACAGCUAGCACGCUUGGAUUCUGGUACAUCCAGAAGUGGUGGAAGAUCAGCACCAAGAAGAUGUUUGUCGUCACCAACGUCGUGACGAUCUUGAUCCCUCUAUGGGGUAUGAUUGGUAUCUGGACAGAUAAACUCGGGUUCCAUAACGUGUGGGAGUUCUGGGCUUACAACGUUGUAUUCGGGAUUUUCCAAGCCCCGUAUUACGCUUUCUCUCAGACCAUGAUGGCGGAGCUCAGCCCUCCCGGCUUCGAUAAUAUGUUCUUUGGUCUGUUUGGUCUCUCGAACCGCGCUUCGUCCAUGGUCGGACCCAACGUCAUCCAAGCUAUCAUAGACAACACCGGCAACAACUGGCAGGGAUUCCCGUUCCUCUUCGCGCUGUGCACUGCCGCAUCGCUGGUCAUCUGGUUCGGAGUAGACGUGAAGAAGGGUAGACGGGACGCUGUUAGGUGGGCAGCGGCUGCGAGGAGCUGAAGAGUAGUGUUAAUGUCAUAUCUGUGAGAUAUCCCAUGUUGGACUAAUCUGGGGACAGUCAUAUUGAUAAUUUUGAUAUUAUGAGGGGUUGUUUUUGUUUAGG